CCCCCUCUCCAUCGACCAGCCUCUAUCCCCAUUCUAUCAAAAUCCAUGGAAAAACCUCCACGCAGAAUGUAAGGAGCGGCGGAACAAUGGAGGGCGAGGCGCAGCCGCCGCCGGCGUGCGUGUCCAAGGUGCUCGACGAGGACAACCUCCUCCGAGAGAUCAUCGUCCGCGUCGGCUUCCCCACCAGCCUCGUCCGCGCCGCCGGCGUCUGCACGCGCUGGCUCAGCCACGCCUCCGACCGCGCGCUCCUGCGCCGUUUCCGCGAGCUCCACCCGCCCAGGCUCCUCGGCUUCUACCUCGCGAAGAGGGAGCGUCCGGGCGGCGCGCGCUUCUUCCCGGUGCUGCCCCUGCCCCCGGAUCUCGCCGCCGUCGUCCGCCGCGCAAGCUUCAGCCUUGACGCCCACGAGGGCGCACGCCGCUCCGCAGGCUUCAGCCCCGACACCCACUCGGACGGACGGUCCGAUGUGGUGGGCUGCUGGAACGGCAGCGUCCUCACCAGCUCGCAGGGGCAGAAUUACGCCCACGGCCGAUCCGAGAUUAUGUUUCAAGUGCACAGCCCGCUAUGCUCCGGCUCUGAGAAAGGUGCGGCCAUCAUCCCAGCAUUACACCUCAAAGUCCAGGAUGGAAUCUGCAGGCUUAUUAGACAACUCUUCUUCAGAGAAGAAGGGGAUGGCUUGUCCUACUUUUAUGUCACCGUGGAGUGUACCAGGUAUCAUGAAGAUUCUAAGGUGCAUGUGUAUAUGCUGCAAAAUGGUGAUGAUGCCUGGCGCAAGCAUCUUACCUUGGCCUCCGACCUCCUUCUGUAUCCACGCAAAAGCCCUAAAGGCGUGCUUGUUGACAGCAAAAUCUAUCUGCCGACCGACAAUGAAAUUGUUGUCCUGGAUUUGAUGUCCUCAAGCUUAUCGACAAUUCAGCUCCCACAAGGGGUGGGUUUUAGUCCAAUAGGCACCACCAUGUUGUCACGGGCUGAUGAUGCUUCUGGUGUCUAUCUCAUCCAUAUCAAGGACCUUCAACUUAGCAUCUGGCUCCACAAUGGGGACAACUGGUUGCUGGUGGACAAAAUGUGCUUGUGUGAAAUAUCUGAUAAUUUGCUUGACGAUGAGCCUACUGAUGAUAUCCUGAUAAACCAUGUGGGGGACUAUAAUGAGUUUGUGUUCUUGGAGAUGGGUCGAUGCGCACUCUACUUGGAUGUCAAACGCAGGACGCUGCGUAAAGUGUACGAGAUGACAACAGAGGAGCAACAAUUGGGUGAUAUCUAUCCUCUUAUGAUGAGCUGGCUUCCCAGUUUCCCUGCGCUCAUGGAUAAUCCUACAAGGAAUGCAACGUGAAGAACAAGGAUAUAAGGAUGCUUUUGGAUGGCCUGUGACAAGUUCGCCAUCAAUGAAGAGCACAGUGCUGCAUUUCCACGGCAGCAGUUCUAACUGUGUUCAUUUUAUCGCCAUCAACGAAGAGCACAGUGCUGCAUUUCCUCGUAGCAGUUCCUACUGUGUUCAUUUCCUGCAUCGCCUGGUCUGUUUGUGUUGUUGGUGUCUUCUGUGGUUCCACUGCUUACUGCUCAUGGCAGCCUUGUGUGGUUAUGCUGCUUGCAACUUAUGCCAUCUGCAGAAAUUGUGUAGUUCUACUGCUGUAAAAAUCUUUCGGGCAAGUGUCAGUCUUCUUUUGUAUGUUGAGCAGCUGAGCAUCUGGUUAAGUGUCUUAUUUUACACCAUUGCAGAAUUUGUUUCAGUUAUCGAUGUGUACCUUACUCUGUCGUAUUACUGGAAGACAAACAUGUUGGUGGGGGA